AUGGACAAGCAGGGCAGCCGGUGGAUCGUCGUCGCCGGGUUCGUCGCGUGCUUCCUCAUGGCCAUGGCCAUGGGCGCCAACGACGUCGCCAACGCCUUCGGCACGUCCGUGGGCGCGGGCGUCGUGACGCUGCGCCAGGCGCUGGUGCUCGCGGCGGUCUGCAACGUCGGCGGCGCCGUGCUCAUGUCCGGCGCGGUCACGGAGACGAUCCGCAAGGGCAUCGUCGACGUCGAGCGGUUCUCCGGCGACUCGGGCGACGGCGCGCCCGAGGAGCUCAUGCUGCUCAUGCUCUGCGCCAUGGUCGGGUCCGUCGCCUACGUCGGCGGCGCGACGGCCCUCCGGCUGCCCGUGUCGACGACGCAGGCCGUGCUCGGCGGUCUGGUCGGCGCGAUGAUCUCGCGCGACCGCGGCGGCGGCCGCGGCGUCCGCUGGAGCGACGGCGCGCGCGUCUGCCGCUACUCGAAGAAGACGGGCCGCCUCUCCUGCGGCGGCGUCGCGGGCGUCGUGCUCCAGUGGUUCGUCGCGCCGCUGAUCUCCAUGGUCCUGGCCGUCGCGCUCUUCCGCCUCAGCCGCGUCGUCCUCCUCGACCGCGACAGGGCCGUCGCGCUCCGCCGCGCGCCGGCCUACAUGGCCCUGCUCCUCGGGGGCGUCGCCUUCGCCCUCGCCUGGUUCGUCGUCGUCCAGCAGCAGUUCCACCCGCACACGCGCGGCUGGGACCCGCGGAACGCGAACGAUCCCGCCGUCUUCGGCGCCGCGCAGGUCGCGUCCGCGGCGCUCGCGGCGUUCGCCGCGGGCGCGAACGACGUCGCCAACGAGGUCGCGCCCGUCGCGGCGAUCUGGCAGACCUGGGCCGACGGCGAGGUCCGAUCCACCGCGCGCACGCCCAAGUGGCUCUUCCUCUACGCGGGCGCGGGCGUCGCCGCGGGCCUCGGCCUCUUCGGCGCGCGCGUCAUGCGCACCGUGGGCCGCGACGCGACGAAGAUGACGCCGGCCCGCGGCUUCAACAUCGAGCUCGGCUACUCGCUCGCGUCGCUCGUCGCGUCCGCCGAGGGCUGGCCCGUGUCGACGACGCAGCUCUGCGUCGGCGCCGUCGUCGGCGUCGGCCUCGCGUCCGGCGACGGCGCGCGCGCCUCCGACGCGGUCAACACGCGGCUCCUCGCGCGCAUCUUCCUCUCCUGGGUCGCGACGCCCCUCGUCGCGGGCCUCGUCGCCGCGCUCGCGUACGCCUGCCUCCGACCCGCGCUGUGA